AUGACAAUUAUCUUCUUGAAAUUCGCGGCAAACCCCGCCUCUGUGGAAAAUGUCAUCAUCGUCACUGACACUCUUCAAAAUAUGAAUCCAAAACUGAUGGAGACGGCUCGGACCCAAGACAGUAUCACACUUUCUUCUCCAGACGAAAGAGUCGAUAUCUACGGCAACAUCUUUGAAAAAUGGGCGUCUAUGGACCCUCCUAUCAUUGCAACUUACAACAUGUCGGGUGAUCCGUACCCCUUGCUGUCUGGCUUGUAA